AUGACGUCACGACUAAGUGGGCAUCCUGGUCUGAAUUUUGACUUUGAGAUCCCAGCUCAAGAGGAGGCAGAGGAGACCAUUGUAGAGGAGACAUAUGGGAUUUUGGCCCCUUCUACUUUUGAGCUUACUCCUAGUAGUGUUAUGACAUCUAAUCCUCCUGGUGAGGUCUUGGCUCAAGAGCUUCCUGCUUCUCUAAUCAUUCCUGCGGCUCCUGCCUUAGGGAUCACUUCUAUACCUGUUAUAGCUGAGCUCCCUUUUGUCCCUUCUGUUGCCCCUGCUACCAGUUCUUUCUCUGCUGAGCUUGUGAACAAAGCUCUAAAUCCACCAAUAGCCGGAGCUGAGAUCCCAGCUCAAGAGGAGGCAGAGGAGACCAUUGUAGAGGAGACAUAUGGGAUUUUGGCCCCUUCUACUUUUGAGCUUACUCCUAGUAGUGUUAUGACAUCUAAUCCUCCUGGUGAGGUCUUGGCUCAAGAGCUUCCUGCUUCUCUAAUCAUUCCUGCGGCUCCUGCCUUAGGGAUCACUUCUAUACCUGUUAUAGCUGAGCUCCCUUUUGUCCCUUCUGUUGCCCCUGCUACCAGUUCUUUCUCUGCUGAGCUUGUGAACAAAGCUCUAAAUCCACCAANUUUCAAACAUCACUGGGCCAUAUAUAACAAUAAACAAUAUCUGGUUCACCACUAA